GAACAGAUAAUUGCCCGAGGGGCCCUUUAAAUUGGAUCUACAGCGAGAGAGAGAGAAAGAGACUGACUCCAUGCUGUCUGUGCCGCAGCUGUGGGCAGCGGACAUGCUCCAUCUGUCCAUCCUCCUCCUCCUCCUCCUCCUCCUCCUCCUCCUCCUGCAUCCGUCCAUCCAUCCAUCCCGGCCUCAGAUGCGCUGACAUGCCGCGUGGAGCUUGCCGUCGGAGCCUCACACGAGGAUGAAAAUGCUCCGCUUCCGCAGCCCCAGCAUCCGCUCCCUGGAGAACCACCACCAGAUCCCGUGCACCAUCCGCCUGCUGGACGACUCUGAGAUCUCCUGCAGCAUCCAGAGAGACACCAAAGGCCAGUUCCUGUUCGAGCAUGUGUGCAAUCACUACAACCUCCUCGAGAAGGACUACUUUGGUAUUCGCUAUGUGGAUCCUGAGAAACAGAGGCAUUGGCUGGAGCCGAAUAAAGCUGUGGUUCGACAAAUGAAGUCUCUGCAGCCCUUCAUCAUGUGCUUCAGAGUCAAAUUUUACCCACACGAACCCAUGAAGAUCAAAGAGGAGCUUACAAGGUACCUGCUGUACCUGCAGCUGAAGAGAGACGUCUACCACGGCCGUCUCCUCUGUCCCUUCGCCGAAGCAGCCUAUCUGGGCGCGUGCAUUGUGCAGGCCGAGCUGGGGGACUAUGACCCAGAGGAACAUCCGUCCGACUAUAUCAGAGACUUUAGGCUUUUUCCCAAACAGUCGCUCAAACUGGAGCGGAAGAUUAUGGAGAUACACAAGACUGAGCUCAGGGGUCAAUGUGCUGCCUUAGCGGAACUCAACAUGCUCCAAAGGGCUCACAACCUUGAAACAUACGGGGUUGACCCUCACCCAUGCAAGGACUUCACUGGCUCCACAGCCUUCCUCGGGUUCACAGCGACCGGUUUUGUGGUCUUCCAGGGAAACAAGAGGAUCCAUCUUCUCAAAUGGGCUGACGUCAGUAAGCUCAAGUUUGAAGGGAAAACGUUUUACGUCAUCGGCAUUCAAAAAGAGAAGAAACUGGUGUUAACGUUUCAUACUUCGACCCCUGCAGCGUGUAAGCACUUGUGGAAGUGCGGCGUUGAGAAUCAGGCCUUUUACAAGUGUGCAAAGUCAAGUCAGAUUAGGACCAUGUCGAGUAGCAACAUUUUCUUCAAGGGCAGCAGAUUCAGAUACAGUGGAAGAGUAGCCAAGGAGGUGAUAGAAGCCAGUUCUAAAAUCCAGAGAGAUCCACCUGAGGUGCGCAGGUUGCAGUUUGGUCAGAGUCGAAGCUUCAGCUCUUUGAGCCAUAAGAACCUCAUCAUAAACAUGGAACCUCUGGUACCAGCGCUGCCCUCUACCAAGGAGUACGACGAGACGGCCACGGAAAACGGCUUUGUUGCUCUGAAGGACUCGGCCGCGCUGACUCCCCUCGCACCUCCGGCCGCUCCCGCGGACCAGCAACAAGGCACGGAUGGAGCCAACUGCUUGUCAGAGCUGCCUCCUGCUCGCGUUGCCACGGAGACCUCAAGCCAUCGACCUCCGACCCCCAAAGCGGGAAAUGAAACCGACGAGGACGACGAGGCCGACGGAGCGCGGACCAUCUCCGAGCUUGUCUACAGUCCUUGCGCCAGCAUGCUUCCCACCCCGGUGGACGACAGUCAAGGAGGCGUGGACCUGCUCUUCUCCUCACCGGUCCAGAGCCCCGCAAGGCUUCUGAGGGAGCUCCACGCCGACCCCGACAUCCAGGCCCAGCUCGAAGUCGAAAGAGAGCGCGACCGGGCCUUCGAGCGCACCCGGCUGGCCGCGAGGGGCGGCGGCGUCCUGAGACUGCUGUCGUCCAACGCCCGGCUCAACGCGUGCGUCCUGAGCGUGGCCCGACUGGUCGGCGCGCUCACCGGCAUCCUGCUGGUCACCGUGCCCACGCUGCUGCUGCUGCUGGAGUCCGACCUGGACAUGUCCUUCCUGCACGAGAUCCGCCAGACACCGGAGUUCGAGCAGUUCCACUACGAGUACUACUGUCCGCUUCGCCGCUGGAUCGUGUGCAAGGUCAGCAAGGCCGUGGAGAACCUGUGGUCUGAUUGAACGUGAGACAGGAACGCACUAGGACCAUGUGGCUAAAAGAGGGAAAGCAUCACUUCAGGGAAAAAUCAGAUGCCCAAAGGUCUGUCUGAUACGGAGCCUCAAACAUGACUUGGGGGGGGGGAAUGCAAAUUCGUGGUUACAAAUUGGGUAUAACGUACACACAUAACACUAAUUUGUGACCACAAAUUACGUAAAACGUGCACACUUUCUGGGUUUGAUAUCAUUCUCGUGAAAAAUUUGAAUAUCUAGGUAAGCAAAGUGGCCCAAAAAUCUGUAUUAUACAGAGCCUCAGGCAUGACAUGGGAAAAAAAUGUUUCAUUGUUGCCCUAAGAUGUAACAUGCACACGAAAUGCUCAUGUGCGGCCACAAACUGUUGGAAUAAAUACUAGUUUGUAGCCAGGAAUUAGUGUUUGUGGGCACAAAUUAGCAUUUUGUGUACACGUUAUACCUACUACGCGGCCGCAAAUUAGUAUUUCGUGCAUAUAUCAUACUUAAUUCAUGGCCCCAUAUUGAUAUUUCGUCCAUACAAUGUUAUUCCGGCCCCAACCGCCCCGCGCCCGGCCUCAUUUUGGGGCUCUGUAAUGUUAGCGUGUGAUUCGAUCUUAUACCCAGUCUUAACUACAGCUGUAUCAUUGAGUCUUGACCAGCAGAACAUCAUAAGAUGAGAUAACUGUUAAGAUAGAUGUUUGUGGCAAAGGAAAGAGGACAAAAAGUGCUGGGAAAAGGCAGAGAAGAGGAAAGAUCUUCAAGAUGCUGACAAGCUGAUGCAAAGACUUUUAUCUUGACUUUUGUUGUUGUUUUAUAAAUCUUGUUCGAUGAGUGCCCCAGUUGGUCCCCAAGCAUGUCAAUCAUUAAAAAAGAGUGGGCGGGAUUUGCGCUAAAAGUUGUCCCACUCUCCUAAGUUGAUAUAGUAAACAAAAAACAAAAAAAAAAGACACAUUGGUACAUAAGUUGUUUUUAAGGUUUUGUACAUUUUUACAAGAUGCGGAUCUUUCAGGAUUUUUUGCAGUCAGAGGAUCUACUUUGAUCUUAUUUUGGAAAAAAAAUUUAAAGUUUACAAAAGAAGAAAAGGAAAAAAAACAAGCAAAUUUACCCAAGUUUAUUGGGGCGAAGGGGUGUAUUUUUUUUACGACUCUUACAGCACAAAUCGACGUCGGCUCUCUCUGUCAGACCACGUGAUGUCAUUUCAAUAACACGAAGGGGUGUGUUUUGUGUGUGCCGAUACAACACGUCAUGUCUUCAUGUGACACGUAUGAAGUGAAAAGCAUGUAAGAGCAGGAUGUCGGGUUUUUCCUGAAGGAAGAGUUGGGACCGGGAGGGAAAAGAUGGCGGUGGGUUGGUUAAGAUGUGUGUACUGAUGUCAGUGUCGUAUGUUUCCUGUGACGUGUGUCAUACAGGCUCUUUUAGCCUGUAGCUCUUUUCCACAACACUGUGUCAAAAACCUACUGAGCAUCCCACCUCCCAAAAUGGUCAUUUUGAAAUUAUCUCCAUCGGUCCAUCCAAAAUCAAAACCAAAACCACAGGGCACUGUUGGUAGCUUCCGUUCGGACUGUCCAGUCAGUUAUUGUGAUCUGCUUCUCAGGAAAUGGCAAAAGCAGCUCCUGUUCUAACCAAUAACAUGUCUCCUUUGUGAAAAAGAUUACAUUUACUCGGCGCACUUACAUUGUGCCAAAUUGUCCCUGACGUAAUUAGCAGGCUCAAGGAUGGUCACUCUGUGGUACUAAACUGUAUUACUGGAAGUUUUUGUGACUUUGUGGAUUAUUUCUGGUGAUUAGGAUGAAGGAAUGGAUUGUUAUGGACACACUAACAAGAAGAAAAAAAAAACACUGUAAGACUAUGAGAGAAAAGUUGUAAUACUAUGAGAAUAAUAAGCGGAGGGGGCUUAAAAUUACAAGAAAAAGGGGGGUGCAGUUGGGGAAAAAAAAUGUCAUAACGUUAAAUAAAUAACCUAUUUUGUGGGGGGAAAUAUCAAACUACAAAAAAAAUAUUUUUUUAUGGAGCGAAUAUGAGAAAAAGAUCGUCUUAACAAAAUAAAAAAAUUUUUUUAAAUACAAAUAAAUCUGAAGCUCAAGAGAAUGAAACCAUUUUGAUGUGCUUGAAAAAUCUUAAGAAUACAAGAAAAAUGAUAUCAGAGUUUUAAUUUUGGAUAGGAGUGUUAACAAGGAUAUGAAAUGCAAUAUUAAGAAUAAAAAUAGCAAUAUAUUUGGGGAAGGCUAAAAAGUGCAAGAAUAAAAGGGAUUGGAUGUUAACAAAAGAAAACCCUCCUAUCUGGGGCAUGAAAAAACUCUUAAUAGUACGGCUAUAAAGUGAAUGGCGGAGUUCCCAAACAAUUACUACAUUAAUCUAGCUACCGUUCUGUAUAUAAACUGGGUAGUAUCAUUAUAUAAUGUUCUUUGAAAACAACUUCCGUUAAAGCAAACAAACCAAAACAUUGUUUUCAAAAUACCACGCCUUUAUUCUCGUAAAGUAAAAUAAAAGUAUUGAAUAACGUCACCUUCAUUAGUUGUAAUUGUAUGACAUUAUUGUCUCCAUUGCACGUGGUGCCCAAGUCCACCUUUUCUUAACUGUGCCAGAGAAGUAAACCAUGCUUGAGCUCCAACUAGUCAAUCAAUCAGAUCUUUUCAGUGCGGUACAUCAAAACAUUUUUGAGGGGGAAGGGUUUUAAAUGACAAUAAAAAAGUUGUAGUAGUAAAAGAAUCCUCUUCUUUAGACAACAAACUCUUUUGAGAGCGAAUCAGCAGCGCAGUGAUGUAUUCCAUUUUGAUUCAAAUGCUUUUACAAACUCAAUUGCUUUUAGAAACCAUUCAUUGAGUCAAUUAUUAUGCCUGCAUCUAAUUCCUAGAACCCUGAUCCAGAUACUCAUCAAAAUGCUACUACAUUCGCACAGUACUGUAUAAACACAUGAUGUGUAUUUAUUUGUAGCAAGACUGUAGCUGAUGCACUAGAAUUGUCAUCAUUGUGAAGGCAUUCAGUUGCGCUCCUGUCAGUCAGUACAAAUGUUUCUUGCCUCGCACAAAUAUGCAUAACAAUGUGAUUUAUGCAUACGUAGAAAAUAUGCAGCGACAAAGCAUUUAUUUUUCCUACUGAACCAACAGAAGGGCCAAAACACUAUGACUAUAUCAUCAUCGUCAUAAUAUUAACAGCCGACGAGGACAUUUUUGAAUUCCUAGGUAAUUCCCUAAAAGUUUUAUAGAUGUACAGCUCUUCAUUUACGUGCGAAAUCGCUCACUUGUGUCACUUUUUAAGAGCCUGAAAACCUGCAUGUCCUCCUUUUGUAAAUACAAUGUUAAAUGAUGUGGCAAAAAAAAAAAAAAAGAAUAGAAUAUGAAAAAUGUCGCUUCCCUUUUGUCUUGUCUUGUCGGCUUGGCUGUCUUGACCAUCAUUAGAACGCAUGAGGCUUGAUUUGUUUUGAUCGAGAAGUGCAAAGGUAACAGCACCAACUUAGCCCCGGAUAUUUGCUAACUUAAUGAUUAUAUUUAAAAUCUCAACUUAAAUUCUUCAAAGUUAUAAAGUUCAAAAGGUAUCAUAAAAUCAUUGCACCUUUGUCACGUUGAAAGCCGAAUGUGAGGCAAACUGCGCAUGCUAGUAUGUUAGCUGGGCAUUCCCAACUCGUUUGAACCAAACGCAAUUUAUUAGCCGAUUGAGAUUAUUUAUCCUCAAGAAAAAGAUGACGCAGUGUUAGACAAACACAAAGCUGACACCACACGGUAGCAGGUUCGCUAGCACAAUGUUCCUGCUCUUUCUAACAUGAACCGUUAGCCGUUCUGAGAUUUAGCUUUGAAAAAGGCUAGAAAAAAAAUGACGUAGCAUUAGCUUAGCUUGUAGCUUAGCAUUUAUGCUAACAACAAAGGGGAUUGCCUAUUUUAAGCUGUGUCACUUUAGAGCAUUUCAGUGACGGGAACUUUUAUUUUAUUUGCAUUUUGAUGAAAAAAAAACUAUGGAAAUUAGACAUUUGUUGGUGUCAUAUUGAUGUCAUAAGUAUUUUGGAUUAUCAUUGUUAGCAAAAACAUAUGCAGCAUUACAUUGACGUGUGUACAAUUAUACAUAAUACAGAGUUAAAUAUAUUCUAUUUGAUCUCAGGUCUUUGCCAAGUAUUGAGCAUGGGGAUUAUGUUGGAGAGAGGCAGUUAGGAACUGUGUGAGCAUGUACAGUAGCAGACUGCUGAUUUUUGUUUAUCAUAGUAGUUUUAUUCUUUGAAGCGACUCCGGGAGAUUUAAUUUUGAAAGGUACCAUCCGCCCCCCUCAGCCCUUCCUCUGGGACAACCGAGCCUUAUGAACUUUGUUAAGUGAAUGUUUGUAUGUCAUUCAGAAGAAACUACUGUAUGUGUUGAUUUCUAUAUGUUGAUACCACCACAAUUAAAGCUCC